CACCCCUUUCCAUGCUAUGGCCAAUCACAUAGCUCUGGCUUUACGAGGGAACUACUUGUGUAACCAAUUGCUGCUUGCUCUGUUACUACGUCAUCGAAAAAAAACAUGGCGGCGCACAUAACAAGAUCUGUGACACGACUUCUUCCCCAGAAGAGUGGUUGGCUCCUGCCCGCAGCCUGGCAGUUGUAUACCAAAGCAUGGCGUUAUCACCAUCACUCGGCAGGCCCCUCGCUGCGCUACAUACCCCGCAGGGCGGUUCUCUACUGCCCUGGCAAUGAUGAGCGAAAAUUGAUGAAACUAGCCACGCUGGAUGUUGACUGUGCGGUCUUGGACUGUGAGGAUGGUGUGGCCCUCAGUAAAAAGACAGAGGCCAGGGAGACCAUUCCCAGGAUGUUAGCGGAACUGGACCUGGGCCGGACGGAGAAGUGUGUGAGGGUGAACUCGGUGUCCAGUGGCUUAGCUGAGGCUGACCUACAGGUCAUCCUGCAGGCUGAGGUUCUCCCUCCUGCCAUCAUGUUGCCCAAAGUGGAGGACAUGCAGGAGGUACAGUGGUUUGUUGACAGGUUUCAGCACAACUUGAAAGGACGGGCACUGACAGAACCCAUUCGUCUGGUCACCUUUGUGGAAACCGCUGUGGGCCUGCUUAAUUUUAAGGAGGUUUGUGAGGAAAUCCGUCGACUUGCUCCCAACGCCGGUCUACACCAUGACGGCGUAGUGUUUGGCUCUGAUGACUUCUGUGCCAGCAUAGGUGCCACACGGACUAAAGAUGCCAGGGAGCUCCUUUAUGCAAGGCAGAAGGUGGUUGUGACCACCAAAGCAUUUGGUCUGCAGGCUAUUGACCUGGUCUACAUUGACUACAAAGAUGUGGAGGGGCUGAGGCGACAGGCCAGAGAGGGAGCUCACAUGGGCUUUACAGGUAAAUUUUUGACCUAUCUGGGUCUCAAAUCUGCCCCUGGUCUCUUCAAGCUCAACAUUUCUGUCCACCCCCAAUACCUCGGAUUUCUGCAGUUGUAUCACAUAAUUUUGACUUAAUGCUUUAUGCGUUUCCCAUACAUUCUUCCCUCUUCUAUAUGGCACAAUAACGGUCUUCCCUCAACUUCCUGUUACAAGCUGCAUUCAGGCAAUUCUACGUUUCAUUUUUCACUCCUUCUAUUCUUAUGUUACUCAAUCUUGC